GUGUCAAGGACGUCCUAAGAGCAAAACGUUUCUGGAAUGGAUUUUGUCGUUGAAAAGUGAAACUUAAUUGUAAUAUUUAAUAAUAGUGUGUACAAAUGUGAUUAAUUUGACCAAAACAACUUGUAAAUAAAAGUAAACGAUAUUAUGUUUGGAACAAUAUUUUGAUAAAUUACUAAUUUAAUCCAGAAACAGGUAGUAUCAUUACUGUAUUACUGUUAGCCCCAUGCCAUAAGUUGAUGUAACUAGCUCACACACUUGUAUUUGUAUUUUUCGUAAGAACUUCAAGUUCAACGUAGUACUAAGAUCAGUACCAGUAGAAUUGAGUGCAUCAUUGUUGUCACCAUGAGAAACAGAAGUAACUCGGGUGCUAGGCUCGAUUAUUAUCAACGAAUAGUUUAUAGAACAAUUCUUGAUCUUCAGAAUCCUGUGACGGGACUAUUGCCCAGUGGAGCACAUACUGACCAUGCCUGGGUUCGAGAUAAUGUGUAUUCUAUCAUGGCAGUCUGGGCCUUGGCCCAGGCUUACAGAAAAAGUGCCGACUUGGAUGAGGACAGAGCCAAAACUUAUGAGCUGGAACAGAGUUGUGUAAAACUGAUGAGAGGGUUACUGAUGGCCAUGAUGAAGCAAAAAGAGAAACUGGAACGUUUUAAGGAAACUCAGUCAACGACUGAUUGUUUUCAUGCGAAAUAUAGUUCUUCCACUGGAGCUACAGUAGUAGGAGACAACGAAUGGGGACACCUCCAGCUUGAUGCAACUUCCUUAUACCUCUUAAUACUUGCUCAGAUGACUGCAUCAGGAUUACAAAUAGUUUUCAACACGGAUGAAGUAACAUUUAUCCAGAAUCUCAUCUUUUAUAUUGAGUCUGCUUAUUGUAUUCCUGACUAUGGAAUCUGGGAGCGAGGAGACAAAACAAACCAUGGAUUUCCGGAGUUAAAUGCCAGUUCAAUAGGCAUGGCUAAGGCUGCUCUGGAAGCAAUGAAUGACCUUGAUUUGUUUGGUGGCCGAGGUGGCCCUACGUCUGUCGUGCAUGUGCUAGCUGAUGAAGCCCAGAAAUGUCAUGCUGUUCUUCAGUCUAUGCUACCCAGGGAAUCCAACUCAAAGGAAGUGGAUGCUGCUCUCCUUUCAAUAAUCAGUUUUCCAGCUUUUGCUGUUGAAGACCCAGAGCUUAUUCAGCAAACCAGAGAAACUAUAGAGGAAAAACUACAG